AUGGAAAAGGUGGUUCUGCCCAACGGUGAAGAGCGUGAGAUCGAAAUCAAGAACGCGCUAUAUGUUCCAAGUAUGAGCAAGAACCUGCUCUCGGUACCACAGAUUAACAGCCAUGGCAAGUUUCAAGUCGUGUUUGACGGGUCCAAGAUGUAUGUGACUCUCAAGAACUCACAGCAAGUGGUGGCGACAGCGGAUCUCGUGGAUGGACUCUACUGGCUUCGGACGACUCAACGAUCAGCGAAUGUGACAACAAGUGGAACCAGUUGUGCCGAUCUACAUGCGAGAAUGGGUCACCCUGCUCCAGUCGAUGUACUUCGCAAGAUGAUCGCGACCAACAUGAUCAAGGAUGUGCGAGUCCCUCUCAAGUCGGGUGGAGCAACUACAUGUCGAGGAUGUCAACAAGGGAAAAUGGUCCAAAAACCAUUUCCAAGCAACCGAGACAAGCGCAGCUACGAUACGUUUGAGCUACUUCAUCUGGACAUCUGCGGGCCCAUGGAAAAGGAUUCGCUCGGUGGCAGCAAAUAUUUGCUGCUGAUCAUCGACGAAGCCAGUGGAGUGCAUGAAGGGCUUUUGUCUACGAGUGAAGUCCGAGAGUGA